AAAUGAGGUUUAUUUGAGGCUAUAAGUGUAUAAUGUGAUAAUCAAUAAAUCAGUACUAGUUCAUUUCUUUCUUCGUUCAUAUCAGAUUUUUAGCUUGGUUGGAUUGAUACUAUCAUGAAGAGUACUAAUACUAAUGCGGUUCUUGUUCCCUUAUUAUCAGUAUUGUAUUUGGCAUCUCUAUUGUUCUUGAUGGUAUCUGCACAGACAGAUGAAACAAACUCAACAGUAACAGGAGAAACGAAUUCAACUGAUGUGGAGGGAAUAGCGUUGUUAUUUAAUACUUUUCCUUUGCUUGGGGUAUUAUCACCGGGUGAUCCUUGUCUUCCUGCACCAUUUCCAUGGGUUGAAUGUAACUCCGAGGAUACCCCUCGAAUAACAGCACUAAAUCUUGGCAGUUAUAGCUCUGUAGUUGGAGUACAGCUCCCAGAUUUUAGUGCCAUGGAUGCACUUGAAACCAUAGACUUGAGCAAUGAUUUCUUGGUACUAGACUUUCCUGAUUUUCUUGCCGACUUCCCUAAACUGAAAGUGCUGAAUUUGGCGAAUGUACUUUUCAGUGGAACAGUACCUACCUCAUCAAGGGACAAAUCAAAAAAUAAAACGUUAAAGUUGAUGUUGACAGGACUGGGGACAACCUUGUGUUUUUCUGAUGAUGACGUAUGCCAAGUUGAACCAGGGACAGGAACAAAUGGGGGAACAUCUACUGGGAAUGAUGGAUUGACAACUACUAGUUUUACUCCUACGCCAGUGAAAAGUCGUAAAAAUAAGACGGUACCAAUUGCACUUGGAACUGGAAUUCCGAUUUUUGUGAUUUUCUGGGCUAUCGUCGCAUAUUUAGCUGUCAAUCAUCAAAAGAGAAAAAUUACUGCAGCAGCAGGAGGGCAAAUGAAUGGGACCUCUGGGUCUGCGACCCCCAUGUACGGAAAUACUAUGAGUCCUUAUCCAUUGCUGUCUGGAGUGAACUUUCAAGAUAUUGAGAGUGUGGCACAAAACAUUUUACCCGGUGAUCAGGGAGUAAACACCGACCAACAAACGCACCCGGGUGUUCUAGCAGGUUGAAUUGCAGCUCAAAAUCCUUUAUAAUUGUUCAAUAUUUUCGAGAAUAGUGUUGCUAAAUUUAUUGAUGAGGAAAAAUUUGUUGUCGUAGUUUAUAGAAUCCAAAGAUUGUGACAUUGUACACUUGUAGAUCUUCAUUACACUGGCAAUUUUACUAGGGGGCUCAACCCACCAUCAUUAAUUUUCUUCUGUA